UUCAGGACAGACUAAGCUCGGCAUUCUUUAUAUGCAUUUCUACACAAGCAAUGACUGCAAAAACUAAGGUUUUGCAUUGGACAGAUGGACACUUUCGGGAGGAGUUUUCCAUCUCUGAACACCCAAGGCUGACCCGGAGUGACCCGCGGGCCUGGAUGACCUCUGCGGCUCCUGCGUACUCCUCCGCCGGGGAGAAUUACGCACACACCCCUGCUGAUUCUCCAAUGGAAAAGUACAUUUCUAGCCCUCAAACUGCGUCUGAAGAUCACCAUGCAGGAUCUAAAGUUCGUCCUGGGAGUAAAGCAUCUCUCAGUGGCCCUCAGAGACACAGGCGCGUGGCCGCAAAUGCGCGUGAACGGCGGAGAAUGCACGGUUUGAACCGGGCGUUUGACAAACUGAGAAGCGUCAUUCCUUCAUUGGAGAAUGAGAAAAAACUAUCAAAGUAUGACACCCUACAGAUGGCCCAGAUUUACAUCACUGAGCUCUCCGAGCUGCUGGAAGGAGUGGUGCAGUCUGGUGCACCGGGGAACCAGAGGAGCGCAAUCCCGUACGCUAUUGACGCAACUUCGGGUAAUUUCGCUACGGAAAAACACGACAGCACGAACAACGCGAGUGAUGGAGAAUCUUCCCAUUUCAGUGACACUGAAGAAGGACAGACUGGAGGACGCUGAUGACCCACUCAUUAAUAAUACCACAGUCAUCUAUAGUAAAUACUGAAGUGUUGUUGAAUCAUGCAGUACUUGAUAGUGAUGGGAAAAAAGCUACGCAGCAUUAAAACUAAUAUAUUAUCAAUCAGGUAAACACAGCACACCUGAAAAGGUAAAUAAGCAAUCCCGCAUAUUGUCAAUACUUGCGAGGAAGUUAUUGCAAUUAUUGUCUAUUAAUCUUGAGUAUAAUCUUGAGUCACUUAUAAUAAAUAAAUAACAAUAUUUAUUAUUUAAAAUGGUAAAUAAAGAACUAAAUGUGUUGGUUAGUUACUUUUAAGAAAAAUAAUGCUAUGUAUAUGGUAUUUUUUACAUUAAGACAGCAUUAAGAUGUCAAUUUAUUACUUUUAAAACGAACUUUACCCAACAUUGGUACUUGAGUUAAUAAGAUUGUGGUAUUUAUAUUGUUGCUACACUGUAAAAAAGAGCAAUUACUGGAUUUUACUUAAAGGUUAUUAGUUAAAACUUACUUUAAAAAGUUAGUAAACUAUUUAGAACAGUUGCUAUUUAUAUUAAGAUAAGUUAAAGAUGGUAAUUUAUUACUUUUAAUAGUAAGUUUACAUAUAUUGACUUAAUAUGAUGUGGUAAUUCUAUACACUGUAAAAAAUAUAUGAUCAAUAAGUCAUAACAACAUAUGUUUUAGUUAAUUGUAACUUAUUAAACUUAGCUAAUCAUGUUCCAACCUAAUUUUUAAGUUACACACACUGUUUUAGGUCAGUUCAAUAUAAUAUGGGUUCUAAUGAAUCAUAAGGUUAAUUUGAUUUAGCUUAAAAUGUUAAGGCAACCAAUACUUUUUACACUGCAGAUGCUAAAUAUGAGUAACCUAUUGGCUAUUAAAGCAUUUAGCUGACCUUAUUUUCUUUUUAAAGUGAGUAAGCUCUUUUCUUUCAUAGUUUUUAGUUGACUUUACCUAAAUUAGUGAUCAAAUAUUUGCAUUUAAAGUGAUUAGUUGACCUGAGUGAUUAAAUGAAUGACUUUAAAAGUUUAAUAAACUACGUGCGUAAUUAUAAAAAUUAAGUCAACGUAAUUAUACCAAGUUACCCACUUUUUUAAGUAAAGUCAACUUGUCACGUUUAAGGCAAUGGGUUUUCUCACUUUUAUUUAAAGUUACUAAUUACAGUGAAGGGUAACACAACAUAUAGUAAUUUAAACAAAUGACCCAAUACUGCAAUUUUCUACAACUAUAUGGUAUAUUAUACUACAAUAAUACACUACUGUUUACUGUAGUAAACACUAAACUAUGCUACAGUAUCUAUUACAGUGCUGGAGCAUUCAUUCAUUCAUUCAUUAAGAGCUGCUGUAUAUUUACUAUAGUAUGGUUCAGAAACACUACAGUAUCUGCUAUAAGUGGCUAUAGUAUCUGUGGGAUUUAGACUGUGAUACUCUGAAGACUCGUUAUUUAUUUGUCUGUGUUUUAGUAGACACUGAAGGAACCAAAUAGAUAGGCCAUAUGGAUGACGGUUAGUUCUUCUAGACUCUAUUGACAAUUUCUCUGAACACUCACGACAAAGGAGUUGCACUUUAAGACAGAUCAUCGCCGAAAUUUGGAUUUCUCCAUUCCACACGUACAGAAACCUCCAUCAGCCAUGACAAAAAAUGUUAUUUAUGUAUCUUUGUGCUUUUUUUAUUACCUCAAGAGUUUAAUAAAGAUUUUCUUUUCAUAUAUUUACA